GAUUUUCCCUUUCGCCAAAUGAAUGGUUGUGGUUAUUUGAUUGACUACCCGGCGGUACUUCUGAUUAAAUUUCACUUUCUGCUGCCCAAUAUCGCCACCCGAACUCUUCUCACGUCUUAAAAAUCUCGCAGAAAGACCUUUUAUAACAAUAACUUAGCGUAAUAAUUAAUUGUAAGAAUGCUUUGUUAGUUGUUACCAGUUUGUAUCGUCCUUCGAAAGGAUACGGGAUAUAAAUUCUAUUUAUUCAAAUAUCUAGAGUCGAGUCGGGGAAGCGAAUUGUAAUCUGGUGGUAACCUUUGAAGGAUCAAAGGAAAAAUCCCUAUAACAUGAAGGAUCCUUUUGACUUCGUCCUGACUCCUUUCAUUCGAUAUUCGGAUAAUGGCAGGCCUUUAGAAGAGCGCUUCCGAGUGAAAGAUGGGAUGUAUUUCAGAGCUCCCCAACAGAUUUAUCGUCGACAUACCGGAUCCAAACAUUUCCUCCAUCUACAUCCGAGUCAGUCGGUCCUUCCGGAAGAGUUCGAUCCUCCUCUAACGCUUCCACUUCCCGUAUCCGCAUCGACGAGACCCGGUAUAUCGACCGAACUGAGGGGAAGAUGGCACAGGAAAGAUCCGAACGCGCAAGAAGAUCCUUUCAACCUCCAUUUUCAUCCCUUCUACCGAUAUACAUGCAGUCGAACGCCUCUAGACCAACAUUUACGUUUACUCCCGGCAAACCACGGCGAACGGCCCACUCACAAACCCAUCCAUUUUCUAGCUUCUAUCAGAAAUCCUCAUGAUCGCUAUCUGUGGACUUCCGAGUAUCUGAAGCCUCAAAAACAAGAGAGAUAUCGAAUAGAAGGAGACAUCAAGCUGCGUGGGUGCCUCUACGACACCUUCUUCGAUUUUAACACCGACGGCGUACACGAAAUCUGGCCCAAGACGGGUUUUGUGGGUAGAAUGUAGAGUGCCCGAGUGGAGAAGAAUAAAUAUCGAGAGGCCGAAGUAAAAGACAAAAAUUCCAUUUUAAAAAUUUAGUAGAAACGUAUGAGGGGGGAAUUCUUAUUUUAUGUAAAGGUUUGGAAAUAAAAUAUAAUUACAAAGUUAAAGUCG